GCCCUGCACAUAUCGUUCCUUUCACCACGGUUUGCAGCCGCAAAGGGAUUUUUGCUAAUGUGCAUCUAAGAGCAAAUAUUUUUUCGCUCGCUCCUUUGUGGACUCAAAAAAUGGGAAGAUUAGACACUCUGAGAGAAUUUAAUUUAUUGUCAUGGAUGAGAGAGGAAAGACAAUCGAGGAAGUUGACCCUGGUCAUCGUUUUCAUCGCCUUGCUGCUGGAUAAUAUGCUUCUAACGGUGGUCGUCCCCAUCAUCCCCAGCUACCUAUACACAAUUGAUGAUGCAGCAGCCAACAUGGCCAAGAAUCACACCAUGGUCUCCCCACACACCCCUUCUGGAACCUUCCAGACCAUUGUGUCCCUCUAUGACAACUCUGUCAGGGUAACCAGCGGGGGCCCAAUGGAUUCCACACCCAUACCCUUGGGUCAGACGCAGGCGGUCUCUCCUUCCACCUCGGCUCUCACACCCCACAACUCCACACAGCCUGACUGCCCCAAAGCAGAUGACCAGCUGCUCAAUGAGAAUGUGAAAGUGGGGCUACUCUUUGCCUCCAAGGCCACCGUACAGCUCAUCACCAACCCCUUUAUUGGGCCUCUCACCAACAGAAUAGGAUACCAGAUCCCCAUGUUUGCUGGGUUCUGUAUUAUGUUCCUGUCAACCAUUAUGUUCGCCUUCUCAUCGAGCUACACUCUGCUGUUUCUGGCCAGAUCCCUGCAGGGUGUUGGCUCCUCCUGCUCCUCCGUGGCUGGGAUGGGGAUGCUUGCCAGUGUGUACACAGAUGACGAGGAGAGGGGAAAUGCCAUUGGGAUAGCCCUGGGUGGUCUCGCCAUGGGUGUGCUGGUGGGCCCACCAUUCGGCAGUGUCAUGUAUGAGUUUGUGGGGAAAACGGCACCUUUCCUCAUUCUGGCUGUUCUGGCUGUGCUGGAUGGAGCACUGCAACUGUUCAUUCUCCAGCCCUCAAAGGUGGAACCAGAGAGCCAGAAAGGGUCCUCACUGUGGAGCCUUAUUAAAGAUCCAUACAUACUCAUUGCUGCAGGAUCCAUUUGUUUUGCAAACAUGGCCAUCGCCAUGUUAGAACCAGCGUUGCCUAUUUGGAUGAUGGAGACCAUGUGUCCAAGAAAAUGGCAGCUAGGCGUUGCCUUCGUGCCAGCCAGCAUCUCCUACCUUAUUGGAACCAACAUAUUUGGCGUCCUCGCGCACAAGAUGGGGAGAUGGCUGUGCUCUCUAAUCGGGAUGGUCCUUGUGGGGGUUAGCAUCCUCUGUGUUCCUUUUGCUAAGGACAUCUAUGGACUGAUACUCCCGAAUUUCGGUGUUGGUUUUGCAAUUGGCAUGGUGGAUUCCUCUAUGAUGCCAAUCAUGGGCUAUUUGGUGGACCUGAGACAUGUGUCAGUCUAUGGCACUGUGUACGCCAUUGCUGAUGUGGCUUUCUGCAUGGGCUUCGCUUUAGGUCCGUCCGCUGGAGGCGCCAUAGCGAAGAGCAUUGGGUUCCCCUGGCUCAUGACCAUCAUCGGCAUCGUGGAUAUCCUCUUUGCUCCCCUCUGCUACUUCCUCAGGAGUCCUCCUGGGAGGGAAGAGAAAAUGGCCAUCUUGAUGGACUCUAACUGCUCGAUGAAGACCCGAUCAUACUCAACACAGGGGAACACAGAGUACGAAGAGAUGGAGACAGAGUACGAUGAGUAUUAAUGGACACCAGACAUGUAUGUUACCUUCCAGAGGAUCUAUUUUGUUGUACAAAAAGAGAGAUACAAUUAUUAUUAUUUUUUAACAGCACAGCUGUUUCGAUGUGAAUGUCCCGUGUGCGGUCAGUCUUCACUGUUCUGUGUCAUUGUUACUGUACGACUAGAGCAAACCAAAGUUGUUGUCAUUGCCCUGUGUUUAUUAUGAGCUAACAGCCUUAUUCAAUGGAAGUGGGUCCGUGUCGUCAAAACAGGGUUUUCAUGGGCCGUAAUAGCAGACUACUGUGAGUCGUAUUUACUGAGUAGUUCAGAUGAGGGUGAUGUUAUAGAUCACCAAAUUCUGUACUGUAGGUCGGCAAGGAGUACAAACCUGUCCUAAUAAUUCACCUAUUGGCCAUUAACAGUACGAACAAAGAAAUAUGUACUUAGAGAGUUAUUUCUAUCUGUGUAGAAACUGACCUAGGGUCAAAUUCAACAUCUCGAACAAGGCACUAUGAGAACACUGCUUAGUGUUGGUCUUUCUAUUGGUUGAGUGUAAUUGUAUCAUGAUGAGAGAUGGUAAAUUAUUUAGAUAUAUAGUAUAACAUAGGCUAUUACAGAGAUACAAGUUACUCCAUACAUUUGGAAUGAGAAUUUUGUAACUGCUUUUAACAAGGCAAACCACAUUUUACCUUGAAAUGUGCCUUUUUCAUUGAUUCUACAAACAUGUUUUUACAUUGAGAUUGAUUUUUAAAUUGAGGAAAUACCUGAACUGAAAGGACAUAACCCAGAAGCUGGUAUAGCCAAUGCUUUCCUGGGUUGACUGCUUAUGACUGUGCUUGUAACUAUUUGCAUGGUAUACCACAUAAAAGAAACACACCAUCACUCCAAUGCCAUCCUCAGUUUCACCGUCCAUAUCUAAAAAAAUAAAAGUUAAUAAAAUAAAAUACUGUCACUGUAAAUAAUACCACAGCUCAUAGAAAACGUCUUGCUUUUUUAAAGUGUACAUACAUUUUGGUAAGCCAUUUGAAUGUGUGGAAAACGAAGACUCAUAUCUGAAGACUCAACGUUUAGGUAGAAGAUGUGUAACUAUGAUAAUUAACUUUCCCUAUUGACAUUACAAGCCAUACAAAUAUAUACUGUGGUGAAAAGUAAACAUAUGGAUACAGGUUUACUUUGAUGUCUCUGAAUAAACAGCACCUUAAGGAGAUGGGAAAUUCCAUAAGCACUUUACCAGAGUCUAGUUACUCACACCAUUUAACUCCAAGGACAGUUCUAGUAUGUUGAUGUUGGUUUAGCAGAGAGAUAAUUGAAGUGAUGAGCCUGAUAUGUUUUGUCAUUUUGUCUAAUGUUAGCAACAAAACACUCAGUUUUAUCAAAGAUAAAUUCACUCAUUAUUAAUGUGUGUGGAGUGCACUGGACAUCCCGGUAGUGUUAAUCCCUAAAAUGAGUAGAACCUCAAUGUAUUUUCAAACACUGAGGUUGAAUUUUGGGUCACAAUCUUGACCAGUUUGAAUCUUAGUUAAACUAAUCUCUUGAGAGCAUUAACAUUAUUAUUUGUGAACUUAUUGAUCACUUCCAGUAGGUCAUCAAAAAAGUAUACACACAAUACAUACAAAAUGUUUCCAAGAUGAAAUAAGAGUUUCCUAUAUUGACCAGCAUUAAUGCGCAUGCACAUACAUAGCCACUUCAGUCUGAGGAUUUGAUUGGCUGACUGGGCCCUGGCCUGCACAUGUCAUUAGAUACUUUUGUGUGUAGUCAGUCACCAGUAUUAACCCACAACACAGAGCCAUGAAGUGUCCCUCCCGUUGCCCCACCCACUCUCCCCUCCUAUUUGUCCUGAAGCGGAAAAUGAAAGUAUUGUCUCAUCCACUAUUCUGCUCUUUGUCAAGACCACUGUGAUCUAACAGAAACAGCCAGGCAUACAAAGCACUGCUAAUAACUGUCAAAUAUAUAUGCGUUGUUUGGCAAAGUGAAUUUAUUAAAAACCAUUAUUUGGUUGUUCGAGCAAACCUGACAUCUAGAAAUCUGUGAAAAUACUUUCAUGCCCUUGCCACGGAAAAGCACAAUGGCACAUGUUCAAAAUGUCAAAUAAGACCGCAUUUUUAGGUAUAUGAAGUGUUAUUUGUAAAACUCUGGGUUUGCUGGAUUGCAGGUUUGGUUGAAUGGACACCCCAAUAGGUUUCAUUGUAUAUAAAUGUGGCAAGCGAAAUUGUCUGUGGUGGAGUUGACAGAAAUAGUUUCCUGAUACCUUCCCUAUUAGUUUCAUUAUUUGCUCUUAAAUGUAUAUUUAAAUUCCCCGCCCCCUUAAUCUAAAUACUCUUAUGUCAAGAUGGCUACCAUUCUGAGAGAUUGUUGUUAUUUUGCAAUAAAUUGUUGGGUCAUAUAGGUUACAUAAUGGAUUAUACAGUGCCCUCCUGAAUUAUUGGCACCCUAGGUGAACAAAAAAGGCUGUGAAAAUAUGUCAUUGUUGUUUAUCAGCUUGAUCUUACACUCCAAAUAUCCUAUGAAUCUAACCUUUGAGUUAAAAUUGUUCAAAAAUAAUAAUAAUCGUCAUCAAUAAAUUAUUAUUUUAUUCAGAAACAUGCAUGUCACAAUUAUUGGCACCCCUAGAAAUUCUUAUGAACAAAAUCUAAUUUAUGUAUAUUCCGAUCUGAGUCUUCGGGAACUCUUAAGAGGUCAUCCAUGACCUACUGUUUCACUGGGGUAUAAAUAUGAGGUGACAGGCUAAAAUCCCUUAGUCAUCCAUCAACAUGGGAAAGGCCAGAACACCCAAGUUAAAUGAGACAAAAGGUUGUUGACCUUCACAAAUCAGGCAAUGGCUAUAAAAAGAUAGCUACAUGCCUGAAAAUACCCAUCUCCACUAUUAGGGCAAUAAUUAAGACAUUUUAAACAACUGGAGCUGUGAUGAACCUGCCUGAAAGAGGACUCAAGUGUAUUUUGCCCCCACGCACAGUGAGAAGGAUGGCUCAAGUGGCCAUUUUUUCCCAAGGAUCACAGUUGGAGAAUUGCAGAAGUUGGUAACAUCUUGGGGUCAUCAAGUCUCCAAAACUACAAUUAGAAACAAGUUAUUUGGAAGGGUUGCCAGAAGAAAGCCUCUGCUGUCACCAAACCACAAACGUAAGCACCUGGAGUUUGCUAAAUGUCAUUGGAACUUUGAUUGGAACCAGGUUCUAUGGUCUGAUGAGACGAAAAUAGAGCUUUUUGGCAAAAAACACCAGAGGUGGGUUUGGUGUAAAAAGAGCCAUGGUCAUGCAGAAAAUAACCUAAUCACCACUGUGAAGUAUGGUGGUGGAUCUGUGAUGUUGUGGGGCUGUUUUACUUCCAAAGGCCCUGGGAACCUUGUUAGGAAACAUGGCAUCAUGGACUCACUCCAAGUACCAGGAGAUUUUAGGCCAAAACCUGUCUGCCUUUGCCAGGAGGCUAAAACUGGGUCAUCUUUGGAUCUUCCAGCAGGACAACGAGCCAAAGCAUACCUUCAAAUCCACAAGAAAAUGAAUCAAGCUUUUGCAAUGGCCAUCCCAGUCCCCUGACCUAAACCCCAUUGAAAACCUGUGGGGUGAGCUGAAGAGGAGAGUCCACAAGCGAGGACCAAGGACUCUGAAGGAUCUGGAGGAAUGGUCUCAAAUCGCUUCCUGUGUUCUCCCACCUCAUCAAACAUUAUAGGAGACGACUCAGAGCUGUUAUCUUGGCAAAGGGAGGGUGCACAAAUAACUAAAUGCAGGGGUGCCAAUAAAUGUGAUAUGCAUGUUUUGAAUAAAAUAAUUGUCUUGAUGAUGUUUAAAAAAAAGUUUUUACUCAAAAGGUUAGAUUCAUAUGAUAUUUUCAGUGUAAGAUCAAGCUGAUAAACAACAAUUACAUUUUUUCACAGCUUUUUUGUUCAUAUUUACCUAGGGUGCCAAUAAUUCAGAGAUUCAUAUUUUUUGCCAUUUGUUUAUAUUAGAAAUCUAUUGCACACAUGCACAAACAUAUGUGUGUGUGCGCCCAUGUUGGUGUUUGUGCCUUCUGACAUGUAUGUCAUUGGUUUGUGUGUAUAUCAACUACUUACUAACUGGUACUCAAAAAAAAUGUUGGCCUUUUUAUAUUCUGGACUGGUUGUUUACGUGUAAAGUGUGCAGAUUGUGUAAUAUAUGUUGUUAAUAUUCAGUGGGGAUGGAAAA